CGUGGACGGUCACGAAGCGAUGUCGGUGCUCCUGCAGACGUCGCUGGGCGAGGUCGUCGUGGACCUGCGCGUCAAGGAGGCGCCACGUACAUGCCUUAACUUCCUCAAGCUCUGCAAGCUCAAGUACUACAACAACGUGCUCUUCUUCAACGUGCAGGAGAACCUCCUUGUGCAGACAGGCGACCCGACGGGCACGGGCUCGGGCGGCGACUCGGUCUUCCACGUGCUCGACCCGCGCCAGCCGCGCGCCUUUCCCGACGAGCUCGGCCUCAAGAAGCAGGUGCUGACGAAAGGCUGCCUCUGCAUGGCCAACACGGGCCCGGACUCGAACACGAGCCAGUUCUUCGUCACCAUGCGCGACGACGAUCUCACGCAGUUUGCGUCCAACACGCUCUUUGGCCACGUCGUCGAGGGCCUCGAGAUCCUCCAGUCGAUCAGCGAGCUCUACGCCGACAGCCACGGCCGGCCGUACCAAGACUGCCGCAUCCUCCACACGUUCGUGCUCGACGACCCGUUCCCGGAUCCGCCGGGCCUCGUCGAGCCGCCGUCGUCGCCGACGCACGAGCGCCCGCCGACCGAGUCGGUCGAAGUCCGCUUGAGCGUUUUGGACAAGCUCGACGAGUACGAGGGCAAGACGGAAGAAGAGGUGGCGAUCAUGCAGCGGGAUCGCGAGGCCAAGUCGCGCAGCGUGUUCCUCGAGAUCAUUGGCGACUUGCCGGACGCAGACGUCAAGCCACCCGAGGAGGUCCUCUUCUUGUGCAAGCUCAACCCUGUGACGACGGCCGAGGACCUCGAACUCAUCUUUUCGCGCUUUGGUCCGUGCACGGCCCACAUCAUCCUCGACUACAAGACCGGCGACAGUCUCUGCUUUGGCUUUGUCGAGUUCACGGACAAGGAGCACUGUAUCGAAGCGUGCUUCAAGAUGAACAACGUGCUCAUUGACGACCGCCGCGUCAAAGUGGACUUUUCCCAGUCGGUCUCCAAGCUCUGGAACAAAUUCCGCCGCAACGAAAAGCAGUCCAAGGACGACACGAAACCAGAGUCGUCUGGUAUUCGAGCCAAGCCACUUGCCAAGUAUGACCUUCUGGACGAGCCGGCCCACCGUCGAGACGACCAUCAACACAGCCACCGGCGGGACGAGCCAAAGAUCAAGGAUGAUCGCGAUGACCGAAAAGCCGAGAGCCGUCGCCGAGACGACGAUCGCCGACAUCGCAGCCGCGAUCGCAGUGACCGGCGCGAUGAUCGCAAGCGCAGUGAAGAGCGUCGUCGAUCUCGUCGCAGCCGAUCCCGCGAGAGCCGCCGCAAGUCGCGGUCGCGCGACCGGUCCGAUCGGCGUUGAGCAAACAAAACAGAUGAUCAUUUGCGGUACAAAAUGACUCACGCGGCAGUUGGCAACUUGUGGACACUCGACCACGUGCGGAUCGAGUGCUGUUCCGGGCAUAUAUCACGUAGCUACUACUAGUACAUAUUAUGGAACAAGAGGGUAGUCUGAGAUGUGGUCGACACCGA